AUGUCAAGCGAGAAGCCCCGGAAGGAGAAGCGAAGACGCAGGGAUGACAAUGGAUCGCCUGGCCCGACAGACUCUGCCGGUCAGGAGACACAGCACAAGAAGACCAAGAAGCACAAGAAGAAGCGCGACGCGGUAGCGACGACGACUUCGAUGCCCGAAUUGAUGACCCACCAGCCCUUCGUCGACUCGUCUGAGCGUCCGACAGCGAGCUCGAGCAAGAUCACUCAUGAGCCUACGAUGACGAUGACGGGUGAGCCGACAUUGGGGCUCGACGAGCCGCGCAAGAAGAAGAAGCGCAAGUCGAACAAGCACGCUUACGCCCCUGUCGCUGAAGCCUCCUCUGGCUCUCACGAUGACCAUCAUCAUCACGGCCUGUCAGGUGCAAUGGGUGAUAUCAACAGUGCCACCCUCCAUCCAGCCGCUACGACUUCUACAUCCGACGGUUCCGAACAAGGACCAAUGCUGGCCAAUCCAGAGGACUUUGCUACGCUCUUUGCGACCUUCACACAAGGCGUACCCCAUCCUCCUUCACCGACGACUGCCGCCGCAUCGCACCUCGGCCACGACCGAAUGGAUCCCAGCAUGCUCGACCCUUCGCUGAGCGACAUGCGUCAGGACCGAAUCAACCAGAUCUACCAGCACUAUGACAACGGCGACGAAGAGAUUCUCAGAGGCGCCUUGCAAGCGAUCGGCGCAGAAUUCGGAUCUUCGGCUACCCAAGAUCAGCAAGAUCACACUCGUCUCGGUCUGACUUAUACCGACGCUCAUGUCGGAGACGCCUUGCCUGCUGGUGACCUCGGUCCACAGCUAAGCGAAGUAUCAACAAAGCCGAAGAAGACACGAAAGGCGGCUAACUCGCAGACCAAGGCUGCGAAGAAGGCGGCCAAGCCAAGUACGACAGAAAGCGUAGCGGAUUUGACUAAUCAAGAGAUACUCACCAAACGCUGGUUCUCGUCUGCCCGGCUCAAGGAACUCUCCGAAACUCGCGGGUUGACCUACAAAAAGGGAAAAUUCAACUCAGACGAGGAAGCAGCCAUUGAAGCCUUCCUUGAAGACUACAAAAAGCGCAACGAUCUGGACGAGGACGGCAUGCUCAGGGUGAUCUAUGCCAAAGGCAAGAAAGCCAGAGCGGAGCAUCAGGACUUCUGGCCCAAUCUGACUGCCACUCUGAAGGAACGACCUGUCAUCGCGGUCUAUCACUACCUACAGCGACUGAAACACCCUCAGGGCAGACAAGGCGCAUGGACGCCAUCGCAGGACAAGGCCUUGAAGGAUGCCCACUUGAUGUUCGGCGGAGAGUGGAACAAAGUAUCUGCCAAUGUGGGAAGAAUGCCGGCCGACUGCAGAGACAGAUGGAGGAACCAUCUCAUGAACUCGGAAAUCAGAAAAGUCGGAGUAUGGACAGACGAAGAAGUCGACAAGCUUCGUUCGGCAGUCGCUUCUGCCGAUUCAGCUCUCAAUGGCAAUCGAGAGAAUGACGCCUACUGGAACCUCGUCGCCAAGCAGAUGGCUGAUACUCGCACUCGUGCACAAUGCCGUAUCAAAUGGGCUGAUGUCUCUUUCGCCGACAAGAAGCCGAAAGAACAGGUCAAGAAGAGACUGAGAUGGACUGCAAGAGACGACUAUAUCCUGAUUCACAAGAUUGCAGCCCUCGAACCUACGGAUCAGGCAGAGAUCAACUACAGCCUUCUUCUCGAUCCUGGCUGGCAUCAGUGGUCAGCCGCGCAGGUCGCUCGUCGAUUCGGCAGGAUCAAGAAGAAGGUCAAGGCAGAGAUGGUCACGAGGCCUAAAUAUUUCGGCCAAGACCCGGAAUCAUUGACGUUCAGGUCGAUCUUAGACUAUCUCAAAUCAGUCAGGUACGCGGCUGCACCCGCCCGAGAUGUUGUGGAUACGGAGGACGAAGAGUAGUGCUCUAGAAGCUUGCCGAGGAUGUCAUGCGGAAAUGCAAGGCCCCCGUUUCUGCGCAAUACAUUGCAUCGAGAUACAAC